AUGAGUUCAUUUAAUGAUAGAGCACCAAUCCAAGAAGUACCAUCACCAAUGACAAAUUUAGCGAAUUGUCUAGGAACAUCACUAACAGUCAGACGCAAACUAACAUUAUCUGAACCCAGUGAAACUCCAAAAAAAUGUUAUGAUAACAUACUCCACGAUCACGACUUCAACAGUUCAUCAAAUACCAGAUUAUUCAAAGGAAGUUCAAAAAAUAUUAAUGAUAGUCCAACAUUCAAAUGUUUGAUGCAUCAAAAAAUGAUCAACAGUCCAGUUGAGAAAGAAAACACAACUAAGUGUUUGGAUACAUUGGUCUCUAAAUCAAUUUUAUCACCAUCCCAAUCGAGUCCAACUUUCUUGAUGCACAGUCGUAAUAUAAGAGGUCGUCACCCAUUAGAAGAUCAUGAUCCUAAUUCUCAAGAUAGUGGUUUUUUUUCAGUGCUCUCUGAAGAUUCCAGGUCAUUAACCAGAUUUGAACCUAAGACUGUAAUUGAAAAGAAAAAUUCAUCAUUAAAUGUUUCUCGGUCAGAUUCAAUUGUUUGUCACAAAGGAAUCACAGAAAUAGAUGAUCCAUUUCUAGACAAUGUUAAUUCUCCAGCAAGAUUGUCGCAAGAUUCACUUCCUGGUGAAUUUAAUACUUUGAUCGAUGGAGAUAUUUUUGCCUUACAUUCGCCAAUAAUUAAACCUAUUGUCAGACGAAGAAAUCCUAAAUAUGAUUCAGAUACACCUCGAAAAGUUGAUUUAGUUUUUGGGGAAGUUAAUAAUACUGAUGUUGUUGUGAAGAAACGUAAAUUAUUUAAUGAAUUUGAGUGUCCUUCUGAGAAAUCAAUUGUAUCUAAAAGGUUAAAGCCUAAUGUUGAUCUAUCAAUGUCAUUUGAUUCUCCAAGAUUAGACACUGGAAAUACUUCUUUAACUGCUCCUGUAUCGUACAAGAAAACUACACUUUUUGAUUAUGGAUUUUACAAAAAUAGUGCUUCUAAGCUACGAAGAUCAUUUUCAACUAAUGAAGCCACGAUAAAAGCUGCAUUUGAGAAAGAGGAUAAUGUAUCAAAUUUAAUUGGUGACUUCAGUCAAUCAUUUAUAUUGCCUUUGUUAUCACUUGGCCGUCAUGCAGAUCUUCGUAGUAUAUCUCCUGAUACAUUAGCUCAUUUAUUGGAGGGCACAUUCAAUGAUUGUAUCGAUUCCUAUCUGAUAAUAGAUUGCAGAUACCCCUAUGAAUAUGAAGGUGGUCAUAUAAGAGGAGCAAUCAACAUAUUUACUAAAGAGCAACUAAUUAAAGAUUAUACUGAAGACAAGUUGGGUAAAAAAUCUCAUAAAACUGAUAAAAUUAAUGUGAAGAGAAAUGUUUUGAUAUUUCACUGUGAAUUUUCAUCAGAGAGAGGCCCAAGUCUGUCACGAUAUCUACGUAACGCAGAUAGACAAAAGAACAGUAUGUGCUAUCCUUAUUUGGACUAUCCAGAAAUGUAUUUGCUUGAUGGUGGGUACUGUAAAUUUUACAGUCAACACAGUCGUUUGUGUGUGCCGUCUAGCUAUCGGUCAAUGUAUGAUCCUGCCCACACCUCAGAACUAAGAAAGUUCAGGUCCAAAUCAAAAACAUGGGCUUGUCACAAUGAGGCAACGCCAAGGUUAGCAGGCAAAAACACACUCAAACGAUUGGGUUUUAAUUAA